AUGAUCUGUGUGUGUUCCUCAGACGGCCCCCCCUAUGCCAGGCUGUGGGAGGGCUCAAACCCGCACCCCCCAUCUCGCCUCACCCACCUGACACGCAUCAACGUAGACAACUUUGUCUUUCACAAGGUCCUGGGCAAGGGCAGCUUUGGCAAGGUAAGCCUGGUACAGCAGACAAUCAGGAUCCUAGAGCAGUACAGCUCACCACAGUACAGUUCACAUACAGGACACCAGUAGACACAACAGACUUUAUGUCUUCUUCUCUUCUUUCCUUUAUUCUGUUCUUAUCCUCUCAUUUUAUUCCCCCUACUGUCCCCCAUCCUUCUCUCCCCAGGUCCUGCUGGCAGAGUUGAAAGGUCAGGGCGAGUGGUUUGCGGUGAAGGCUCUGAAGAAAGACGUAGUGCUGAUGGAUGAUGAUGUGGAGUGUACCAUGGUGGAGAAGAGAGUCCUGGCCUUGGCCUGGGACAACCCCUUCCUCACACACCUCUACUCCACCUUUCAGUCCAAGGUACGAACUAUAACCCUACACACACUCCUUGGUCCUCUUAUUGUGUGUCAUUCUGGUUAUUUUAGCAACAAAUAGCAAUGUGAUGUGCUGAAGAGAAGCAAAAACAGAACAGAAAGAUUACCCGUUGUGUCUACAAAAGCUGUCUCCGAUAAGAAGUGAUGUAAACGCAUAACAAACUCGCUUUCAUAGCUCAUUACACCACUACUGUACUAGGUACUAUACAGUAUGUGUUAUGAUGACUGACAUUGACCGUGUUGUCCACAGGAACACCUGUUCUUUGUCAUGGAGUAUCUGAAUGGAGGAGACCUGAUGUUCCAUAUUCAGGAGAAGGGACGCUUUGACCUCUACAGAGCAACGUGAGUUUCACCAGUCAGAAAGACUGAUAGUGUAUAGAUUCAGAUAGUUUGAGUGAGAUCAAACACAGAGGAGGUACAGAGUCUCAUGACUGUUGAUCCCUUCUGAGUGUGCAUCUGAAACUGGAUGUUAAACUAACUGAUGCUCAGUUUGAUGUUACAAAGAUCAGUCCUUAGGCGCCUAUAUAGCCUCUGUGCUCAGGACAGGUGAGAUUCACUUCUACACAGUUGCCAGCGAUACCUGAUCCAGCAUGGGCUAGACAGUUUCAGAGAGGGAGAGAGAGAUAUUCACCCUCUCUGCUCCCGCUGUAUUAGUCAUUAACCAAUUGUGCGUGUGUAUGUUUGCGCACCACACAAGCUGGCAGCGCAGAAUGGAGUCUUGGUUUGGUUUCCUGGUUAUGUCAUAUUUUUCCCUGGGCAGAUUGGUAAACAGCUGAGUUUCCAAUGAGUUCCACUAUCUCAGAACAUAAUGAACCUGUUUAUCUAUCGACUGACUGACCCUAACCUCUUAACCCAGUGGCACAGAGACAGUGGGCCACGCCCUAAACACACAACAGUAAAUCACAUUGCACACUGUUUCUUACUGAGUUGCCUCUUCACCAUUUGGCAUGCUGUUGUGCGGUUCCCCCAGACUACUACACUGUGUGUGUGUGUGUGUGUGUGUGUGUCUACGUGGAAAACUACUAUAGUAUAAAUACUAUAGUAUUCACUGUAGUGUUUUUGCAGUCUUUACUGUAGGAAGUCGUGACAGUAACACUGGCCAAUUUGCUGUGUACUUGUUAGUGAUUGUGAGUGUUGAGUAAGAGUCAAAGGAGAAACCUGUCUGCACAAAGCCCACUUCCUGUCAAUCAAUCAGUCUCUCAAUCCUAAUCUCUCCAUCCAUAUCAAGGCCCAAUCAGUUCCCCCACCCCAGAGGUAAAAAGAAAAGGAGGUCAGAGAUAGGCUAAUCCUUUAGCUGUGGCUAGGUUGGGGCCACUGGGCCAGGAGCACCUCUCAGGUUUCAUUCAUCCUUAAAGUAUGAAGCCAUUGUUCAGCUGUCUCAACUGUGCACCACACUAUACAAAUGGCCUCUUCAGUAAUGCAGCUAGCUACACACUGGACUGGAGUCUUCAGGGACAGACAGCAGUGUUCAGGGACCAACUCAAUAGGGAGAUGGAUAGAUAGAGUAGUACUCUGCUGCCAGCUAGCUGGAUCUCUAGACUGUGUAGUGAUGUUUAUCUCUCUUUUUCCUCCCUCCUUUCUUCUCUCCCUCCCUCCAGGUUCUACUCUGCUGAGAUCAUCUGUGGCCUUCAGUUUCUGCACUCCAAAGGGAUCAUUUACAGGUAAGUCACAAACAUCGGCACUCUAAUGUACACUCACUAACCUCUCACUCACUCAAUCACAUUACCAUACAGAUAAAAGAGAAUGGCCAGAGCCCCUCCACCAAUGAUUGAUAUAGUGAUAGUAUCACGUUGUGUGACAGUGAGUAUGUGAUUAUUAGCUGUCACAACACUAGUCACCCUCUCACCCUUUCUCCUCCACACCUUUCUUCCCAUCCUGUCUUUCCUCCUACUCUCCCUUACUUGUUUUGUCUCUCUGCCCUCAGAGACCUGAAGUUGGACAAUGUGAUGUUGGAUCAUAGCGGUCACGUAAAGAUAGCAGACUUUGGCAUGUGUAAGGAGAACGUGUUUGGGGAGAACCAGGCCACAACCUUCUGUGGGACUCCUGACUACAUCGCUCCAGAGGUAUGGAACGCAGACAUGGCUGCAGCAUCUCAAAUGACACCCUAUUCCUUAUUUAGUACCCUGCUUCUGACCAGAGCCAGAGUAGUGCACUGAAUAGGGUAUUAUUUGAAAAGCAAUCACUACGAGUGUCUCACUGUGAUGAUGUCACUGACCGUGUCUUCCUAUCUGAUGACAUCACUUUUAGAUCCUGCUGGGUCAAAAGUACUCCUUCUCUGUGGACUGGUGGUCGUUUGGAGUGCUGCUGUACGAGAUGCUGAUUGGCCAGUCCCCCUUCCAUGGUGAUGACGAGGAAGAGCUGUUUGAGUCUAUCCGUAUAGACACGCCCCACUACCCUCGCUGGAUCACCAAGGAGGCCAAGGACCUGAUGGAGAAGGUCUGUAUGCCCUCCCCCACCCCCCAUACUGUGUCCCAAUUCUGCCUCUAAGUCCGUUUCUCUGCUCCUUUGUGUGUUGUUAUCCCUUUCUCACUGUGUUUCUCUCCUCCACACCUGCAGCUGUUUGAGAGAGACUCCACUCGCAGGCUAGGCAUCGUGGGUAACAUCCGUGUCCACCCCUUCUUCAAGACCAUCAGCUGGCCCGCCCUCGAGAAAAGGGAGGUGGAACCCCCCUUCAGACCCAAAGUGGUACGGUCUAGACAUUAGGUUUUAUAGUGAUGAUAUAGGACAGUUGUAAUAAGCCUACCAUAAUAUAACAUAUUUGGGGUUAGUGUAUCAUGUCAAAGAUCUACAGUAAUUCAACUACUGAAUGCUCAGUAGAAAUCAGGCAUGUGCUGUUUAUUAUUUGAUUCAUCACUUACUGUCUCCAUGUAUCAUGUAUCCUCUCUUCUGAUUGACAUGUAUCUCCUGCCAAUCACAGAAAGCCCCCAAUGACUGCAGCAACUUUGACAGGGAGUUCCUCAGUGAGAAGCCUCGCCUCUCCCAUGGCGACAAGAACUUCAUGGAUUCCAUGGACCAAUCAGCUUUCGCCGGCUUCUCCUUCAUCAAUCCAGAGAUGGAGCACCUCUUGGAAAAGUGA